UUUUUCUGGGUGUAUAUUUAUGCAUGUAUUAUAUACCAAUGAAAAUUAAAACUUCUCCAAAUCAUUUCAGAUACGAACAAUUAAUUUACUAGUUACUAACGAACACCUUUACCUUGGUAACUCAAAUCUCAUCUUUAUUAUUACCAUUGUAUUAAAAUAUAAGUGACUUAAAUAGAAAAAAAUCAUGAACUUUGAAUAUAUUAAAGGAUUCUAAACGGAGAUGGACAUUUUGUGUACGGCAAAGAAUCGAUCCAAAUGCAGCCAUGGCAAAUCGUCGAUUUGGAUGGCUGUCUCUACUACGCAUUUGUUCCAGCUAAACAAGAAAAGAAGUUAAUUGGAAGAAAAAAAAUUAAUUCGAAAACUGAUGAGAUUAAGAAAGAACUUUUAGAGGAAUCCCUACGAAUAUCAAACGAAAAGGAUCUUUCAUAUACCGAAGAACUUGAUACAUUUUGCACAAUGAAAAUAAAGAAAGAAGAAUCAUCGGUGGACGAACAAGUAAUUACAAACGAUCAAGAAAUUUACGAGGAGGAUAACAAAAUGUAUGCUUGUGAAGAAUGCAAUAUAUGUUUUCCCGUAAUGCAAAUGUUAAAACGUCAUAAAAAUGCCGUACACGAACAAGCUCAGAGAUAUAAAUGUAAGGUUUGUUUCAAGAUUUGUCGUAGCUUGAUAGCUUUCAAAAUGCACGUAGCCUUGGAACAUAAACCUGAGCAAGAAGAGAACGUCGAUGAUCUAGAAAGCCUAACUUAUACGUGUAAUUAUUGUAAUUACGAGAGCACAAAUAAAUCUACUCUCUAUUCUCAUAUUAGUAGGAAACACUCGACUCGUCGAACCGGUAGAAGAAAGACUAGUCGUGGAAUUCUCUCGGAACAGGAAGAAUAUGCUUGUGACAUAUGUGAAUUUAAAUGUCAGACCAGAAGACGUUUGAAGGAACAUCUUGAACGUAAGCACGCAUCGGAAUAUAAAUAUGAUUGUGAGUUUUGUGGCAAGAAGUUCAAAGUUAAGGGAGACAUGAGACUGCACGUUCGUUUCAAGCAUAAAGAAGGCCCUAUAGUUUGCGACGUUUGUGGUAAAACUUGUUCCAAUAGUAAUUCCUUGUACGUCCACCAAAAGUGGGCUCAUUUCAAGCCCAAAUACGAAUGUGAGAUUUGUAAAAGAAGAAUGGUAACGCAAGAAAAUCUUGACCAGCAUAUACUCCUUCAGCACGAACGACGUGAAAGUUUCGUUUGCGAAGAAUGUGGAAAAUCAUUUUCUGAAAAUCAUCGAUUGAAACAACAUAUGAUGACUCAUACAGGAGAUAGACCCUAUGAUUGCCAUAUAUGUGGGAAAGCGUUUGCUCGUCGUACUGCUUACAGACAGCAUCUUCUUAUACAUACAGGAAAACGGCCAUAUAUUUGUGAUAUUUGUGGUAAAGCCUUCACACAGAAACCUGGACUGAUUUGUCAUCGAAAAUCUCAUCCUGGUGUUCAUCCACCUUUACCGGUCGUACACAUCAAACACAUACUUAGCGAUUUUAUGAAGAAGGAUUGAUGAUUAACAAAAAAAAAUAAAUAAAUAAAUAAAUAACGG